AUGCCGCCUAUGAAUAUCGGUGGCCGACCUGUCAGGGUCGCUAAUUGCUCUGGCUAUCAUGGCGAUCCUGCCUAUGAGAUGUAUCGCCAAGCAACUCUCGGAGAUGUCGACUUCAUCACGGGAGAUUAUCUCGCUGAGGUCAAUAUGGCAAAUAAUGCGCAAGCUUUCCAGCGUGGCGAGCAUGCAGGCUACGAGGAAACUGCUUGGGAAGGUAUCAAGCAGACCAUCGACGUGAUCGCCGACAAGGGUAUCAAAGUUGUCAUCAAUGGAGGUGCUCUUAACCCCAAGGGCUUGGCACUCAAGGUAAAUGGAUUGUGUCGCCAAAAAGGCUAUCCUUUGAGCGUCGCAUACGUAUCGGGAGACGACCUUUAUCCCAGACUCGGCCCGAACAUGCCUCAGUCCCCAGAAGAAUUGAAGCAUCUUGAUUCUGGGAAUGAUUCUGUCAAACCGGGACCUCUAACCUACGCCUUCACAAACACCGACAACCCCGUUCCAAUGGUCUCAGCACACGCGUACCUCGGAGCUCGGGGUAUCGUGGACGGACUUUGUCGAGGAGCUGACAUUAUCAUUUGUGGCCGUGUCUCAGAUGCCAGUCCGGUUAUUGCAGCUGCUUGGUAUUGGCAUUCAUGGUCAGAGACAGACUAUGACUGUCUUGCUGGAGCUUUGGUUGCUGGUCAUUUGAUUGAAUGCUCUGCCUAUGUUACCGGUGGCAAUUUCUCUGGCUUUGACCGGUAUCCCAUUGACACCGUUGUUCAACCUGGGUUUCCUAUUGCGGAGAUUCAUGCUGAUGGCAGUUGCGUCAUUGCUAAGCAUGAUGGGACCGGUGGACUCAUAAAUUCUGACACAGUACGGUGUCAGUUUCUGUAUGAGCUUCAGGGGAGCAUAUACUUAAAUAGUGACGUUAGUGCUACGCUAGAUGAUAUCUCAGUCGAACAGGCAGGAGAGGAUAGGGUGAAUGUUCGGGGAAUUCGAGGCCACGCACCUCCUUCAACUACCAAGCUGGCUGUCUUCUACCAAGGAGGCUAUGAGGCCCAGGUACUUCUCAACGCUACGGGGUACUCUACUGAUGCCAAGUGGAGCCUGGUUGAAAGACAGAUUCGACAUUUCAUCGAUCAGAAUGCACUUAAUAGUAUUGAUACACUCGAGUUCCAAAGAAUCGGUGUUCCUGCUUCUGAUCCAGUAUCACAACGAAGCAGCACUACAUACCUACGCAUCUUUGUCGCUGCAGCCUCUGCAGAAGCUGUUCUUGCUGUACUAGGAGCCUUAAAAAAUAUCUCGCUGAAGCAUUUCUCGGGUUUCCACUCAUCUCUCGACAUGCGCACAGCAGUUCCACACCCAUUCCUGGCUUACUAUCCAGCAAUAGUAAAUCAAGAAGAGCUCAACGAAGAGAUAAACUUCAUUGAUGGACCAGACGCUAUUAAAUCAUUCCCAACAGGUCAUCCACCAACAUAUAGGGAUCUGCAACCACGUCAAAGCUAUGAUCACACCCCAUCCAGUGAAGAAAAAGCCCUACUCAACUCUCCAACAAGAUCAAUUCGACUAGGUGAUAUUGUCCUGGCACGAUCUGGCGACAAAGGAGCCAAUCUCAACUUCGGUCUCUUCGUCCUUGAAGAGAAGCACUGGCCUUGGUUGCGAGCUUACAUGAGCCGCGAGCGGGUGCGGAGUAUGCUUGCUAAAGAUGAUGACUGGGAUGAGUCGUUUUUGGUCGAGAGAGUUGAGUUCCCCAAUAUAUUGGCUGUGCAUUUUGUUGUUUAUGGGAUUCUUGGCAGGGGCGUUAGUAGCUCUAGUCGCUUGGAUGGUUUCGGGAAAGGGUUUGCGGACUAUUUCCGCGAUAAGUUUGUUGAUGUUCCUGUUGCGCUCUUGGAUUGA